AUGCCUGCCGUGCGCACCGCUCGCAAAGCUCGCAAAGCUCGCAGCGCGAAUGCGAAACCACGAAAAAAGCCUCCACCCAGCGACCCUUGCCCGAAAUGCGGUCGAAUUAUGUCUCGUGCUUCGGACCUACCCCGGCAUAUGGCCACUCACGGCCGUAGUAAGGGAAUAAAGGUGCCAUGUCCCUAUUGCGGCAAGGCAUUGGGGGACGCGUCGAGUGUGACCCGCCACAUGAAGCGGUGGCACCCCCAGUACAAACCAGCACAGCGAGCCAAAACUAUUCAAAUAGUUGGCUCCGUUUCGGCUCAGAGGGAACGGCAAAGAUAUUCUACGAGCGCCCCGGUCUCCAACACCGUGGCCCUCAUCAAUACUCAACAUGCAGACCAGGGCCGCUCUGCCUCCUCCAACGUCAAGGCCCGCAUUUCUCAUCCACCCCUUAUCGCAUGCCACCAGACUUCCACCCCUGCAGCAAAUGUUGGACGAGAACGCGGCUCGGAAAGCUUACAACUUAAGGUCAAAGAAGGGUUUCCAAGUCGAUGGAAAACAGAAGACAUUAUUAUCAUGAGUCUCAAGGACUGUUAUUAG